CAAAAAAAACAAACGCGAAGAAGACUCUGGGUGAAUGAGUCAAGAUGGCGGCUUCCCUGCUUAGGCUCACCCGCGGGACUUUAGGUAGAACCUUGAACGCUGUGAGUCGGAAUGCUGCACUGAUCCCAGCGCGUUGUGAAGCAACAGCAACCGAGACAAGACCUACGGUUAGGCCCAAGGAUGCGGUGACUCAUAACCAGCUGUCUCAGUUUGGGGAAUAUGUGGCUGAAAUUCUUCCCAAAUAUGUGCAGCAAGUUGAGGUCACAUGCUACAACGAGCUGGAAGUUAUGAUCCACCCAGAGGGAGUCGUACCUGUACUGACUUUCCUUCGGGAUCACUCCAAUGCCCAGUUCCGCAACAUGACUGACCUCACCGCAGUUGAUGUUCCCACUAGGCAAAACCGCUUUGAGAUUGUAUAUAAUCUGCUGUCAUUGCGCUUCAACUCUCGCAUUCGAGUCAAGACCUACACAGAUGAGCUGACCCCCGUUGACUCGGCUGUCCCUGUCCAUGAAGCGGCCAACUGGUAUGAAAGAGAGGUGUGGGACAUGUUUGGAGUGUUCUUUGCAAAUCAUCCGGAUCUGAGACGAAUCCUAACAGAUUAUGGUUUUGAAGGCCAUCCAUUUAGAAAAGAUUUCCCACUGUCUGGAUAUGUAGAGGUGCGCUAUGAUGAUGAGCUGAAACGGGUUGUAGCAGAGCCUGUGGAACUUGCACAGGAGUUCAGGAAGUUUGACCUGAACAGUCCGUGGGAGGCAUUUCCUGCAUACAGGGAACCCAAAGAUGCGCCCAAACUAGAGGCCGGUGACAAACCUGCAAAGUAACGUCCUUUCCGAUGUAGUCAAAUGCCUGACACACAUUGACACCUUUCUGCUACCGUAUUUAUGUAAAUAUGAGACCAUGUGUUGACUUAUGUAUCUCAGUCCUUAUUUCAGAGACCUCUCAAGUAUCUGAAUAAAGUGAAUUCCAAAAUAA